UUGGCCGCCAUGGUAAACAACUAAUCCUGUUUAUAUAGCCAACCAGCAAAGGCCCAUCGAGGCAAAAUCCUGCUUAUGAUGUAUGGGAAAUUCUGGUCUUGGUCAAGUAAGCUUCUCUUCCCUGCGUUUCUUCUCCACCACAACCACUGCAACUCUCGCCGCUGAUUUAAUCAGUUUCUGCUCAGAAGGACUCGUAAAGGAAGCUUUUGAGAAGCUCAGAUUCCACAUAUGGGCAGACCCAUCUCUCUUCUCUCACCUUAUACAAUCAUGCAUAUCCCGGAACUCACUUCCGCUAGGAAGACAACUCCAUUCUUUGAUAAUCUCAUCUGGGUGCUCCUCAGACAAGUUCAUAUGCAACCACCUAAUGAACAUGUACUCAAAGUUCGGCCAGUUGCAGACUGCAGUUUCUUUAUACGGCGUGAUGCCAAAGAAAAAUUUCAUGUCUUGUAAUAUUUUGAUUAAUGGGUACGUGAGAAGUGGCGAUCUGGAGAGUGCCCAGAAGCUGUUUGAUGAAACGCCUGAGAGAAACGUGGCAACUUGGAAUGCCAUUGUUGCGGGUCUGAUGCAGUUUGAAUAUAAUGAAAAAGGUCUGAGUUUGUUUAGAGAAAUGCAUGAGCUGGGUUUUUUUCCGGAUGAGUUCACCCUGGGUAGUGUUCUUCGAGGGUGUGCAGGUUUAAGAGCUCUGCACGCUGGGCGGCAGGUUCAUGAUUACGUGAUCAAAUGUGGGUUUGAGUUUAAUAUGGUCGUUGGAAGCUCCUUGGCUCAUAUGUAUAUGAAGAGUGGGAGCUUGGGGGAUGGAGAAAAAGUUAUUCAAGCCAUGCCCUUUUGGAAUGUGGUUGCUUGGAAUACUCUGAUUGCGGGAAAAACUCAACAUGGAUACCCAGAGGGAGCUUUACAUCAUUAUAGUAUGAUGAAAAUGGCAGGUUGCAGACCUGAUAAGAUUACUUUUGUGAGCGUGAUAAGUUCAUGUUCUGAAUUAGCAACUCUUGGACAGGGUCAGCAAAUUCAUGCUGAAGCAAUCAAGGCUGGGGCUAAUACAGUAGUUGCAGUCAUUAGUUCAUUGAUUAGCAUGUAUUCGAGAUGUGGAUGUCUCAAAGAUUCUGUGAAAGUUUUCGUGGAACAUGAGGUUGGAGAUCUUGUUUUGUGGAGUGCAAUGAUUGCUGCUUAUGGAUUUCAUGGUAGAGGAGAUGAGGCGAUUGAAUUGUUUGAGGAUAUGGAGAAGAGUGGAUUCGAAGCAAAUGAUGUUACGUUCCUGAGUUUGCUAUAUGCUUGCAGUCAUUGUGGACUGAAGGAGAAAGGGCUUGAACUUUUUGAGUUGAUGGUAAAAGGGUACGGAGUGGAGCCUAGUUUAGAGCAUUAUACGUGUAUCGUUGAUCUGCUUGGUCGUUUUGGGUGUUUGGAUGAAGCAGAGGCUAUGAUUAGAUCAAUGCCAGUAAAACCAGAUGCCAUUAUAUGGAAAACUUUGUUAUCUGCAUGCAAACUCCACAAGAAUGCAGACAUGGCGAAAAUAGUUGCUGAAGAAGUUCUUAGGAUUGAUCCUCGGGAUUCAGCUUCUUAUGUCCUGCUUUCUAACACUCAAGCUUCGGCUAAGAGGUGGCAGGAAGUUUCUGAGGUGAGGAAAGCCAUGAGGGACAGGAACUUGAAGAAAGAACCUGGUAUAAGUUGGUUGGAAGUGAAGAAUCAAAUACAUCAGUUCUGUAUGGCUGAUAAAUCUCAUCCAGAUAUGGAGGAGAUAGAAUUGUACCUAAAAGAACUGACUUCGGAGAUGAAGUUAAGGGGUUACGUGCCGGAUACAGGCUCAGUUUUACAUGACAUGGAUAGUGAGGAGAAGGAAUAUAAUUUGGUUCAUCACAGUGAGAAGUUGGCAAUUGCUUUUGGUCUGAUGAAUAUACCCGCAGGUUUACCCAUAAGAGUGAUGAAAAAUUUACGGGUCUGCGGAGAUUGCCAUGUUGCGAUUAAGAUCAUAUCGAAGAUCAGAAACAGAGAAAUUAUUGUGAGAGAUGCUAGUAGAUUCCACCAUUUCAAAAAUGGGAUAUGUUCUUGUGGUGAUUACUGGUAAGAGAAGGGUUUUUCAUCUGUAUAUUUAGAUUAUUCAUUGUCUUUCUGAUUCAGCCCUGUGCUGAUUUUGAUCUCAUUUAUUUAACUGUAACACAGAAGGGAAAGUUCAUUCUGGAUUUUAAACCUUAACUACACAGAUUUUAGUUGAAUCUAGAGGAUUCAAAGUGAAGUG